UGUCUGAACGCAUGUGAUUGACGGUGUGGCUGUUCCGUAUCUUCUGCGGAAAACACCCAAGACCAAAAAAAAAGAAGAAGCAGGAGCUCACAGGGUUUGUGUUUCCGUGAGCUGCUUCCAUGUUGUCAGUGUGAGCGGAUACAUGUCAGCUGCUGUGUUUGCGGCCGCCUGAGGACACACACAUCUGUGUGUGUGUGAAGGGAAGAGCGUUAGCAGCCAGAGGAGGACACACGGCACACACGGUCAUGUGAGGUUGGACUAUGGAUGGCCAAUAUGCACAAAGCUGUCCAACCCAGAGGAAAGAUGGAGACAGAGGAAGUCAUGCAAACAUAAAGUUAAUCAAUCCGUUGUUAAUGAAUGUUUCUAACAGAGAAUAGGUGUGCUGGAUCUGUGCAUGAGACACAGGACUAACUGAGUCACAUGACAGCUCUGGAUGGAUUGAACACAGGCACAGCAAAGACAUCUCUAAUGUACAGGUCCUGACAAUCAACACACUGCUGUGAUUAAUGCCACAUAUGUAGGCUCUCUGGGGAAAAAGGUGGUUACUCAGCAGAUGAUGUACCUGAGAGUUAUCUCAGCGUUCAGUCUUCUCCUGUAGGACGACAAAGAGCUUUCCUUUUUUGGAUCGAAAGGUGAAGGCCGGAAGCAGAAGUUCUGAGAGGUCACCAUGCCUCGCAACCGAGCCUUUUCAGAGCCGGAGUACUCUGCAGAGUAUUCGGCAGACUGCUCGGUGACACUGCCCUCUGACCCUGGGCAGGCAGUGGGGCGAACGCAUGAAGUCACAGUUCGGAGCUCAGGAUGCUGCCUCUGCCUGCCAAGGUUCAUGCGCCUCACCUUUGCACCCGAGUCUCUGGAGAACCUUUACCAGACUUAUUUCAGACGGCAGAGACAUGAAACCCUGCUAGUGCUUGUUGUGUUCGCCGCCCUCUUUGACAGCUAUGUCAUCGUUAUGUGUGCGGUGGUCUACACCACUGACAAGCUGGCUUCUGUUUUAGUGGCAUCAGUGGGACUGGCAGCAGAUAUUAUUCUAUACUUGCUGUGUCGCUUUGGGUUGCUCCCAGACCGCAUCUCGAGACGGGUGGUGCCCUACGCCCUGUGGGUGCUCAUAGCAGCUCAGAUAUUCUGCUACCUGGGUUUGAACUAUGCUCGCUUCCACCAGGCCAGUGACACAGUGGGCUGGCAGGCUUUCUUCAGCUUCUCCUUUUUCCUGACGCUGCCUCUGAGACUGACACCCAUCGUGCUCAUCACUACUGUAUCCUGCUGUGUCCACACCCUGGUUCUGGGUGUCACUAUCGCCCAGCAGCAGCAGGAGGACAUCCAGGGGGCAGCACUCGGCAGACAGCUGCUGGCCAACAUUGUGAUCUAUACUUGUGCCAUCACUGUGGGUGUCAUGUCAUACUACAUGGCCGACAGGAAGCAUCGGAAGGCCUUUCUGGAGGCAAGACAGUCACUGGAGGUUAAACUCAACCUUGAGGAGCAGAGCCAGCAACAGGAACGUCUGCUGCUCUCCAUCCUUCCAAAGCACAUAGCUGAUGAGAUGCUUCAGGACAUGAAGAAGGAGCCCAGUCAGAAAGAGAUGCAGCAGUUCAACACCAUGUACAUGUACAGGCAUGAAAACGUCAGUAUUUUAUUUGCAGACAUCGUGGGCUUUACCCAGCUGUCGUCUUCCUGCAGCGCUCAGGAGCUCGUCAAACUGCUCAACGAGCUCUUUGCUCGCUUUGACAAACUGGCUGCAAAAUAUCAUCAGCUGAGGAUCAAGAUCCUAGGAGACUGCUACUACUGUAUCUGUGGGCUACCAGACUACAGGGAGGACCACGCUGCCUGCUCCAUCAUGAUGGGUCUGGCCAUGGUGGAGGCCAUCUCGUAUGUCCGAGAGAAAACCCAGACAGAUGUUGACAUGCGGGUUGGAGUGCACAGUGGUACAGUCCUGGGGGGAGUGCUGGGUCAGAAACGCUGGCAGUACGACGUCUGGUCUACAGACGUCACUGUGGCCAACAAAAUGGAGGCUGGGGGGAUACCGGGUCGUGUCCACAUCUCACAGAGCACCAUGGAGUGUCUUCAUGGUGAGUUUGAUGUGGAGCCAGGGAAUGGGGGGGAGCGCUGUGACUACCUGAGGGAGCGCGGUAUCGAGACCUACCUGGUGGUUGUUCCUAAAGGUCCUGUGGGAAAGAAUGGCAUCAAUGGUGUCAAGCUGUCUGUGACCUCUUCCAAUGGAAACUCCCCACUGCUGAUCAACACCACAGAGUGUAACGGGAGUGUUAAUACAGCCUGCACCACACCGGAAGAACCAGAAGAACUGGACACAAGGGUGGUGAAUCCAUCUUUUCCUAACCCCCGCAGAAGGUUGCGGCUGCGGGACUUGGCUGAAAGGGUGAUCGAUGCUCAGGAGAAUGAACAGGAGCUCAACAAACUGCUCAAUGAGGCUCUGCUGGAGAGGGAGAUAGUCCAAGCUCUGAAGGGGAAGCACACCAAUAGGCUCUCCCUGAGGUUUGUGGAUCCAGACCUUGAGACUCGUUACUCAGUGGAGAAGGAGAAACAAAGUGGAGCUGCAUUCUGCUGCUCCUGCGUGGUCUUGCUCUUCACUGCAGCUAUGGAGGCCCUCAUAGACCCCUGGCUGAUUGCAAACUACAUCACGUUUGCAGUGGGAGAAGUCCUGUUGCUCAUCCUGACAAUCUGUUCUCUGGCCGCCAUCUUCCCUCGAGUCUUUCCCAAGAAGCUGGUGUCUUUCUCCACUUGGAUCGACCACACCCGCUGGGCUCGUAAUACCUGGGCCAUGGCAGCCAUUUUCAUCCUCACCAUGGCGGACAUCAUGGAUAUGCUGAGUUGUCUGCCUCGAGUCCCAGACUCAGGCAGCCCCACAGCUGCUCCCUCCUCCUCCAGACCAGGGUCUGGCCCUGGUUGCUGGGACAACCCCAAAUAUUACAGCUACAUUGCUGUGCUGGCACUGAUGGCAACCACCAUGCUGGUUCAGGUCAGUCACAUGGUCAAGCUGACACUGAUGCUGCUCAUCACCGUGGCCACCGGCAUUGUUAACAUCUACAGCUGGAGGGACAUAUUUGACAGCUACGACAUGGCCCGGUUCCAGGACUACAGGUCAUACCUGGUGCCCUCCAAGUUCACAAUGACAAUUAUGAUCUUCAUUAUGAUGGUCAGCUUCUAUUAUUUCUCCCGACAUGUGGAGAAGCUGGCCCGCACCCUGUUCCUGUGGAAGAUUGAGGUCCAUGAACAGAAGGAGAAAGUUUAUGAGAUGAGACGCUGGAAUGAAGCACUGGUGACCAACAUGCUGCCCGAACAUGUUGCCCGACACUUCCUGGGUUCCAAGAAAAGGGACGAGGAACUUUACAGCCAGUCCUACGAUGAGAUUGGAGUCAUGUUUGCCUCAAUCCCCAACUUCUCUGACUUCUACACAGAGGAGAGCAUCAAUAAUGGAGGGAUCGAAUGCUUACGCUUCCUCAAUGAGAUCAUCUCAGACUUUGACAGUCUGCUAGAUGAACCUCAGUUCCGCUGCAUCACAAAGAUCAAGACCAUCGGCAGCACCUACAUGGCAGCAUCAGGUGUCACCCCAGACGUCAGCAAUGGCUACACCUACAUGAAGAAGGAGGAGCAGUCUGACAGAGAGCGCUGGCAGCACCUGGCAGACCUGGCAGACUUUGCUCUGGCCAUGAAGGUCACACUCAUGAACAUCAACUACCAGUCAUUCAACAACUUCAUGCUCCGCAUUGGUCUGAAUAAGGGUGGAGUGUUAGCAGGAGUGAUCGGUGCCCGAAAACCCCACUACGACAUCUGGGGCAACACUGUGAACGUGGCCAGUCGCAUGGAGUCCACAGGAGUGAUGGGAAACAUCCAGGUGGUGGAGGACUGCUACAACAUCCUGAAGGAGUACGGCUUCCGCUUUGUGAGGAGGGGGCCCAUCUUUGUGAAGGGGAAAGGGGAACUGCUCACAUAUUUUCUGAAGGGAAGAGACAAACAAGGCUCAUUUAUCAACGGCUCCUCUGUCACUCUGCCACACCAGGUGGUGGACAGCUAAGGAAAACACACACACACACACACACACACACACACACACACACACACAGACACACAGACACACACACACUGCAUAGCAAUCACAUCAAGUGUGUGAUGGAUGAUCAGACUAUAUAAAGGCAAAAUCGAGGUAAAGUGUCAAGUGUCACCUCAGGGAGUGAUGGCCACACUUUGUGCAGAUAGAUUACUUGUAUAAUGUAAAUCAAGCCUGAGAUAUCCUGGUAACUGACAAACAAACAGAUGAACUGGAUCAAAACAUAACCCACGUGUUGGGUGAUAGUGACUUGAAUGUGAUUAAAUAGUCUAUUAAUAUCCCCCCCUUAAAAAACAAACAAAAUCCACAUAGUCUCAGCAUGUUAUCAUGCAGAUAGUUUUGGUUUUAUUUGUCAAGGUGCCCCACAAUAUUCUGCCCCAACCAUCAUGUAAAUGUAGUGACUGAAGUGUGGAGUAAGCUGUAGAAUUUCUUCACUGUGACAAAACAAAAGUGGUCUGAGCCGGCUCCUCCAACAGUCUCAGCCACUAUGACAGUCUCUCAAUGCUGUCAGACCUUCAGCCUCUGCUGCAGCUCACUCAAAAUAUAAUAUGAAAAAUCUGUUUUAGCAGCUUCCUUGUGGUGUAUUUUGUGGCCCUAUAAACAAUGCCAUAAAAACAUUUUGCACAAAACAUGAUCAAUUUAAAAGUGUCCCAAAUCUUUAUUUGACAGCAGAUAGUAUGAAGACAGGAAAUGAGGAGAGAGACAAUAAAGAUCUCCAGAACCACUGAGCUAUCAGAACAGUCCAUGUUGUAUUCAGUGUCAUGUGCAAAACAGAUUUGACUCACAACAGUAUACAACAAUUGAUGACUCUCAGAUAAAAAAAGAAAAUAUUGUCCACACACACACACACACACACAAUUCUGGACCUCAUUUACACAAUACUUCCAUGUACAUGAGUCUGAUCGACUCUGCUGAGGAAGAGGAUUUAGAUUUAGAAAUGGACAAAUGAGAAGUGACACAGACUGAUGUCCUACCUGCUGCUGUGUGCAUUACUCGUAGUGUAUUUUUCCACAGUCAAAGUAUUCCUUCUUCUCGAUUCUGACCCGGGAGGCGCCGUGUUCUCCUCUCUGCUCCUCGAAUUUGGGCAGCACACUACACCGCUGGCUUAUGGACCUUUCUGUGCCUCAGAGCUAUCUGAACAUGAAAGAUAACAGACGUGUGCCGUGUGCUUCAGGAGAGAGACAGGUGACAAUGUCCACAAGCACACAUGGCAGAAACAUUUUUCACAGUGAUUGUGGAUUGAUGGAAGUGCCUAUCACAGCUGCGAUCACAAUGUUUUGAUUUAGUUGAAGGAUUUCAUGGCCCUCUAUAGACAGGGAAGAUUUCACACUGCUAUGAAAGGAUCAUUCCAGUUUAUUAUAACUUGGGUUUUAUUUUUGUAGCUGAAACCAACAGGUUAGUCUGAGGUUACUCUCCGCAUGAGGGAGCUUAAAUAAUCAGAUUUACAUGUUUGUUUCUGUCUAACCUAUAUGAAUGUCUGACUACUUGUGUUUAAGUGAUGUCACUGUGAAACCUUGGUGGUUACAAGGUUGGAAAAAUAAACUGGAAUCUCCCUUUAACUGCAUGGUGGUGUGGAAAAAGAAGAAUUUAAAAUAGAGAAAAUGAUAUAUGAUAAUGUUGAACUUAUUGCAGCUUUUCUAGUUGUUGUUUGCAUUAGAUUUGGAUAAACCCCACUUCCACCUGCUAAUAACGUGAUCUGUAUCUGGACAAGGUAGACAAGUCAGCCAACUUUGUGUAGCAAGUUUACAGUUUGUUUUUGAUGGUGCUGUAAUCCAUUUUUAAACUCGGAAGACAUGUUGGAUACUACCUGUAGCUUUUUACUAUACAGACGUUACUUAAACCUGGCUAAGAUGUGAUCACAAUGUGAGCCCGACCACCUCCAGAUGUAGAUCAUUUGUGCAUUUACACGGUGUGCUCUCACUGAUCCAGAUAAGGUAUCCAGAACAGAACUUAUGUUAAUACAAGGUGGAAAUGGGGUGUCACUUUCUGGUGAAUUCUGGCCUGAAGUCUAUUCUCCACUUGCUUGGUCAUGGAAAUGGCUGCAUUAUUCAAUAAGGACACAGAUGUGUAUACACAGGGUUCUGCAUAUACUAAUUUGUUAGCAUCUGUGGUCAAAAAACAUAUGGGUGCAGGCAGAAAUCCCAUGUGGCUAUGUGGACGCACACAGUCUGUUGUACUGUUUAAGAGGACGUGUCCCCCCACAGCUUCAGCCGGUCUGACCUCCACCUGACUCAUCCUUGUCCCUUUAGCCAUGGUGGAAGUAAAGUUUAGAGGCUUGACACCAAAAUCAAUAAGUACACUGUCAAACAUGGUAUAGUGGAAUAGUGAACAGGGUCAGACUAGCCAGCCUGCUCACAAGCAGGGAUUGAAGCCCAUCACUGUGCUUCUUUUAGUCAUUUACUUGUGACCACCAAAUUUGAUUGCCUCUUGGGGAACCUCUGACACUACUCCCUUAAAUGUUUCUUUUGGAUGUACAAUGCUUUGACAUGACAGCAGAAACUGAGAAUGAGCACAUACACCUAGCAGGAAGCCACUGCUCUUUCCUCUGCUGAUUGUAAAGCCCAUUAGUGUCUCUGUAGGAUGGGAUGAAAGUGCAAUAGUAUGGGCUGAAAUAUGUGCCACCAGAAACUGAAUUUGAAUCAUUUAUAAUUGAAUUUGAAUCACUUUACUUGAAUAAUUGCAUUAAAAAACAGAAUUUUAAUCACAUAAUUUGAAUUUGUAUUGUUCAAUUUGAAUCAUUGCAUUGAAAAUAUGAAUCUGAAUUGUAAUUUGAAAUUGAAUUUAUUAGUGUGGAACUGAACAUUCAGUUCUCAAAAUGUAAAAAUUCUAUUUGGUUUCCUUUGUUCUGUAGUCCAUAAAGAUUCCCAUGCUUCUGGAGCUAUUUAGCUGUCUGGGGACGGAUUGGGCGGAUCUGCCUAAACUUAUAAAAACUAGGUAGGUAGAUUAGGCAGGUUCACCCAAUCCGUCCCAGUGAUUCAAAUUGAACAAUACAAAUUCAAAUUAUGUGAUUCAAAUUCAGUUUUUAAAUGCAAUUAUUUAUAAGCAAUUCAAAUUCAAAUAUGAUUCAAAUUCAGUUUCUGGUGGCACAUAUUUCAGCCCAUACAAUAGUUUCUUCUUCUACAAACCUGACACUCUUCUCUCUUAAGGAAGGGUUCAAUCACUCCUUCCCCUUUAAUUCAUAUUUUUUAUAUAAUAAAGUAUGUGUUUUGUUCUAUUUAAAGAAAGGGAUAGAGGGCUGUGUCCUCAAUGUACAUAGAGUUCAGACUGUUUUUAUUGGUCAGAUUUAUUUAUUGGAGAUGACAGGGACAUUGUUUUUCUUACACAGAUGUGAAGUGCCAAUGAUAAAGGAAUGGUUUUCGAUGUAAAAGCCAAAACAUGGACCAUGGCUGUUUCCUGAUUUGUAUUGUAAAAGAAUCUCAGGCUUGGGAACAAGAUAGCACUUUGAAUAAUGUGUCAUGAUUCCAGGUUUUGGUCACAACAGAUUUUUUUGAGCGAAGUACCAACACAAGAACACUAAAAUGCCAUCUGGAGAGCCCAUGCCAGCACUGCCAGCUGAUGGCAUCAAGAGGCAAUGAAAUGAUUCAGUCGCGUGGUUCUAGUUGCUGUUACCAUAUAGCGUUUUUGAAUUUGACUUUGAUUCGUCCUCUCAGUUUUGUGGUUUGAAUUAGACAUACUGUAGGUCUACUUAGCCUGUUCUGAGCAGUUGAUCCCUAUCUUGGUUUUUAAGUUGAACAUUUAUUUUUCAGUCAGUGUGCCCUCUUUCAUUUUAGUUGUUUGUCAUCAUUAUGUAAAUUGAUUAAAAAAAAAUCUAACAAAGAA